GGGGUGCGCGCGCAGAGAGCCUGUGUAGUCACCUACACUUCACUGGUUCACGCUCAUCAGCCGUGUUUUUAUCGCGGGGCAUCUGACUGACCGGCCGACCGAGAGGCGCACCAUGAACCUGCAGGAGCCGCUCGCCGCGGGGGGACCAUGCUCAUCAUGAGUCGCUCGCCGGGCAGCAGGACUUGAGACCUGCGGUUUAUCUGAAAUCGCCGAAAUUGUCCCUCAUAGCACAACCCAGAAUUUCCUCCACUUCUGUCACCUGGAAUUGCUUAAACACUAGAACUAAUCAUGCUGUGGAAAACGGGACUGAUUUUUCUGUGCUGGGGCUUGACGUCCGGGGAACUCCAGGACAGGCAGUCCGGUGCUGCUCCAGCGCAGAGAAUUUUGGAUUUCGGCUUCGACCCCUCCGGAGUUUACGAUACCGUCGCCUAUUACGAGCCUGGGGCCAUUGGAAUUUUAUUUAACAUGAUGCACGCUUUCCUUUAUGUGGUUCAGCCAAACCCGUUUCCUGAAGAUCUCGUCAUUAGAGUGGCAAAGGAUAAAUUCGGAGCCAUACAAUCCGAGUACCAGAAGCCAGAAAACAUUGUUCUGACGCUACAGGUGAUUUAUUAUGAGAUUGGUUUUGUGGUGUGCACGGCACUGGGCCUGCUGUUCACCGUGCUGCUGCCGUUGGUGGGGCUUCUCUUUUGUUUGUGCCGCUGCUGUGAUAACUGCGGAGGAGAAAUGCACCAGAGACAGCGGAAGAACGCGGACUGCCUUAGAGGAUUGCUGACCACACUGUUACUCACCACCACCUUCAUUAUCACGGCAGGGGUCCUUUGUGCAUAUGCAGCCAAUCAGAACCUGAGUUCCCAGCUGAAGAGCAUGAGGAGGCUGGUGAAGAGUAACCUGAAAGACCUGCACACCUUCGCCAAUCAGACCCCAGCACAAAUUGAUUACCUGAUCUCUCAGUAUGGCAAAGUGAAGCACCAUGUGCUGUAUGACCUGGAGAAUAUAGGUCUGCUCUUGGGUGGAAGGAUACAUGAAGAGUUGGGAAAAGACGUGCAGCCCGCCCUCAACGCGGCUCUCAGCAUGACUGGAAUUAAAGUGGAGAAAUCCAUUAAAGCAAUGCGAGACACUAAGGAUGCUCUAGAGAAUGUGAGUUUGACGUUGGAGACUUUGCAGGAAGGAACAGUCAAACUGCAGGCUAACCUCAGCCUGGUGCGCGGAAGCCUUAGCAACGCCCUUAAUGAUCCUGUCUGCACAGACGUACGCUCAUCUGAGAUUUGUCACAACAUACGUAGCACCCUUCCCAGGCUAGAAAUUGCAGCCAACUACUCAUCGUUGCCUGAUGUGACCAACCAGUUAGACAAAGUGAAUGAAGUUCUAAAGACGGACCUCAGCCAGAUUGUGGAAAAGGGCUUUACAUCAUUCAAUGACACUCCCACCUUGGUAAAAGAUCAAACCCGAAAUAUUGUGGAAGGGGUGAAGGUUCUGCUGGACGACAUUGGAUCAAACAUCACCACUUUCAACAAGCUCUUCCUGGUUCACAGCUCUCUGACCAACUUCACCAAAAUGAUCUCUCACACACACUCACAGAUCAAGGACAUCUACCCUCAGGUUGAUCAGAUGGAUUUCUACAGGUGGAUCUGUUGUAUUACCCUGUGCUGUAUGGUUGUGCUCAUCCUCGCCUUUAAUUUUCUGGGUUUGUUGUGUGGUAUUCUGGGAUUCGACAGGCACGCAACUCCAACCACACGUGGUUGUGUCUCUAACACAGGAGGCAACCUGCUCAUGGCUGGUGUGGGCUUCAGCUUCCUGUUCUCCUGGGUGCUCAUGGGAGUGAUAACAGUUCUGUUUUUCGUGGGUGGGAAUCUAGAAAAGCUUGUGUGUGAACCCUUUCAAACCCGACAGCUGUUUAAGGUGUUAGAUACGCCAAACCUGGUCAACUCUGCUUGGAGAAACUUCAUACCAGGAUACCUGUACAAUGACCCUGAGAUGGACCUUACAGCGUAUUCUCUCUACAGUAAUUGUAAGGACAACAGAGGGAUUUACUCAGCUCUUCAUCUGGAUAAGAUCUUCAACAUCUCAGCCUUCUUUAACACUAGUGUUUACUCCAAGGAUGUGUCGAGGAAGUUUGAAGGGAUGAAGGUGGACCUGCGUGACAUCAUUCUUCUGGAGUCAGAAGGCAAACAGAAUCUCAUCAGUUUCACUGAAACUGGGAUUAAUGAGAUUGACUUUGCUGCCUAUUUGAAGGAGGUUAAUAAAGGAGUGACUCGCAUUAAUCUAGUUGAUUUCGCUCGUCAACUUGAUGCUCAAGCUGAUCAGUUGUCUAAAGGGACCUUGCAGACCUCAUUAAAGGGACACGCUAAUACUAUAAGGCAGAUCCACAUCCAGCAAGUCAUCCCACUGGAGCAGUCCAUGAAAUAUGUGAAAGCAAGGAGCACACUUAAUCAGAGCAUCAGACUUCUGGAAAGGACGUCCUCAGACCUGCCUGUCAGAGUUAGAGACGUAUUAGCAGCCAUUGAUGCCACCCAGUUCCUAAUUUCCCACAAUGCAACAUUUGUGGUCAAUCAGGAAACAGAGAAAUACAAGCAGACUAUUAUUGGCUAUUUCAAGCAGUAUAUUGACUGGAUCAGAACGUCUCUGGCCCUGGAGGUCGCUACCUGUAAACCACUCAGCAACAUUGUGGACACAGCCGAGAUCCUAGGCUGCAGUUUCCUGCUGGAUUCAAUGAACACAUUCUGGUUUGGAUUAGGCUGUUCCACACUGUUUCUGCUCCCUAGCAUUAUCCUGUCCGUCAAACUUGCCAAGUUCUACCGCAGAAUGGACACAGAGGAUGUCUACGACGACAUUGAGACAAUUCCCAUGAAAACCAUCCCUACCUAUGACACUAUGACUCGAUUCCCACGGGCCUCUGCGCCCCCGCGCCAUGCCGACUGGUGACUCUGAGGAGGACGGUCUGUUUUGUAACUACAGAAAGUGAUAUUGGAAACUGGAAUUAAACCUUUGUGGAAUACUCUCUCUGUGAACAGCAGGCUCAGCUCUUAAGAAAAAGGAAACUCACAUACUUGAAGCUGAGACCUGUUGUCCACGUUCCCAUCACAUCAGUGAAGAUUGUUGUUUUGACUAAUUUGCACCCUUAUGAUUAUAGUACUGUCUUAUGAACUGUCCCCUCAACAAGCUAUUCUCUGAUGUCACAUCCUGCCAUAGUCAGGGAGGCUUCACAGUAUAAGGCUGUUUUAACUACUACAUGUGUCUUUGUUUACAGUCAUUGAGAAAUCAUGUGUGACGGGCAUAACAAUGAUUCGACUGCUGCAUUGCUUUUUAUAGUGCUUUUUAACAUUGUAGAGAAUACAACAUGUUGUCAAGUCGAGUCCACUGAGAGGCCGAAUGGGUUUUUACUGAAACGGAGCAAGCCAGCCACCAACGAGCCACAAAUAUUACACAUAAACAUGGAUGUGUAGGUGUUCGAAAACAUGCUAAGUGCUAACUAGUGCUAAUUCGGUACAGAUAGAUGUUGUCAAGCCAUUUCAAGGGUGAAUGCAUUGGUGCCUUUUCAGAUUUUUAGCUCGUGGUACAUGUUAGCCACAAGUCGCAAGAGCAGGUCUUUGAUUGGUUUUACCUAAUUAUUGAAGGUGAGAUCCCUAAACCACAUUUGAUACUGAGCUGUGGUUAGCAGUUUAUGCUCACUUUUGUACUGAGAAUUUAAAGGGUUAGUUCACCCAAAAAUUAUCCCAUAAAU